AUGCCCUCUCCGCCUGCUGGAUUGCUGCACAGCACGUCCCAGAGACCACAUCCCCUCCCAGCCCUAUACGGCAACUCCUGCAAAACAACUUGUGUCAAGUUAUUUCUUGGCAUCAGUAGCACUGCUGUGAGGAAGGCCAUCCAUUUUGUCAACCUGCGGAGAGCUGGAAGGUCUAGUGGAAACCUGGCUAUGAAUUCCAUACUGAAACCUGCCCCUGGGUCCGAAACAUUUGGGAGGGAGGAUUUUGUUGUGGGGGAUAAGGAUGCUGUGGUCAUUGUUGAUCAUGGGUCAAGACGCCAAGAAUCCAAUCUCUUGCUAAAUGACUUUGUUGAGAUGUUCCGGGCGAAAACUAGCUAUAGGAUUGUUGAGCCUGCUCAUAUGGAGCUAGCGGAGCCUACUAUAAAGGAUGCAUUUGGAAAAUGUGUGCAACAAGGAGCAUCCCGAGUUAUUGUUAGUCCAUAUUUCCUUUCCCCUGGACGACACUGGAAGCAAGACAUUCCUGCUUUAGCAGCAGAGGCAUCAAAGGAGCACUCAAAUAUACCCUAUAUUGUCACUGCCCCUCUUGGGCUGCAUGAGCUUAUGGUGGAUAUCAUGAACGAUCGCAUCAAGUACUGCCUGCGACAUGUUGCGGGUGAUGUCGAUGAGUGUACAGUGUGUGCUGGAACUAGAAAGUGCCGCCUGUACUCCUGA